CACACAAGCACAAGAGCAAAGGCAGCAGCACUGCAGCAUUGCGCUAGUGUCAUAGCUCGAUCGGCGCAGGCUAGCUAGCUAGUAGCGUCGACCCCCGCCCUCCCGGAGCGCAGGAUCUGGCAGGGUGCGCGAGAUGGCGCCGCCGCUGCCGAGCCGCGCGCUCAUUGUCGCCAUUACCGCGCUCCUCGUCCUCGUCGUCGCAGCCGAGCUCGAUGCGGGCAGCAGCGGGUGGGCAGGGGAGGAUUACGGUGGCGGCGCCGCCACGCAGACGGCGUGCAGGGUGGAGGACGAGGAGGGGUGCGGCCGGGAGGCGACGCCGCGGAGGCAUCUGGGCGGCGGCGGCUACAUCGGCUACGACGCGCUGCGGCGCAACGCCGUGCCGUGCUCGGUGCGCGGCGCGUCCUACUACAACUGCCGCCCCGGCGGGCAGGCCAACCCCUACUCCCGCGGCUGCUCCUCCAUCACCCGCUGCAGAGGCUAGAGGCACACACGACGUACAGCUUCCUCCUACCUCACCGUCGCCGUUUGUCGUCGUCGAGUGCUCGUCCGGUUUUGUAGGAUCUUGUAAGUUGUAAGACAUGUUCAAUUGAUUUUCUUCUUCUUCUUCCUCCCGUCGGCGGUUCUUGUUUUGGGGUUUCAUUAUACCGGAUUCAGUCCGAGAAUGAUCCGUUGAGCAAAUCAUCCAUGACUAGUUUGUAAUUGGAGGCAAUGUACCGAUGGAUCGAUCGUAAAAUUAAAGUUACUGAUUCGUUUGAA